AUGCCUUCCCACCACAAUUCUGAUGAGCUGAUAUUUUUUGUGAAUGGAAGAAAGGUAGUAGAAAAGCAUGCUGAUCCUGAAGUCAACCUACUGCAGUACCUCAGGAAAGUGCUCCGUCUCACAGGCACUAAAUAUGCCUGUGGAGGAGGGGGCUGUGGUGCCUGCACAGUGAUGCUGUCAAGAUACAACGUCAAGACCAAGAAGAUCCACCACUACCCAGUCACAGCCUGCCUGGUGCCUGUCUGCUCUCUGCAUGGGGCUGCGGUUACCACGGUGGAAGGAGUAGGAAGCAUCAAAACCAGGAUUCACCCCGUGCAGGAGAGACUCGCCAAGUGCCACGGCACCCAGUGCGGAUUCUGCAGCCCAGGCAUGGUGAUGUCCAUCUACACGCUGCUGAGGAACCACCCCGAGCCAACCCCUGAGCAGAUAAUGGAAGCUCUUGGAGGUAAUCUGUGUCGCUGUACUGGAUACCGACCAAUUGUAGAAAGUGGAAAAACUUUCUGUGUGGAAUCAACCAUUUGUCAAGUGAAAGGAACAGGAAAAUGUUGCAUGGAUCAAGAAGAGAAGUCUUCUCUGGGCAGUCAAGAAAAACUGUGUACCAAACUGUAUAAUGAAGAUGAAUUCCAGCCCUUGGAUCCAUCCCAGGAGCCUAUAUUCCCUCCUGAACUCAUAAGAAUGGCAGAAGACCCAAAGAAGAGGAGGCUGACGUUCCAGGGGGAGAGGACCACCUGGAUCACCCCCGUGACCCUGGAGGACCUCCUGGAGCUCAGAGCCAAGUUCCCCAAAGCGCCGCUGGUCAUGGGGAACACCACGGUGGGACACAACAUUAAAUUUGAAGAUAAAUUCUACCCAGUUUUCCUAUCUCCACUGGGGCUCCCAGAACUGUAUUUUGUGAACACCACAGAUGAUGGGGUGACCAUUGGUGCGGGAUACAGCCUGGCCCAGCUGAAUGACGCCUUACAGUUUAUCGUUUCGGAGCAACCGAAAGAGAGGACCAAGACCUUCCGCGCUCUCCUCAGUCACCUGAGGACGCUUGCAGGAGCCCAGAUUAGGAACAUGGCUACCGUAGGAGGACACGUGGUGACCCGGCCUCGUUUUUCUGACCUAAAUCCCAUUUUGGCUGCAGGAAAUGCUAUCAUCAAUCUGAUAUCUAAAGAAGGAGAACGGCAGAUUCCUUUGAACGGCCCUUUCCUGGAAGGAUCGCCCGAGGCCGACCUGAAACCGGAAGAGAUUGUGCUGUCGGUUUUCAUCCCUUACACUGCUCAGGGGCACUUCGUGUUGGGGCUCCGGCAGGCUCAACGGCAGGAGAACGCCUUUGCCAUUGUCAAUGCCGGGAUGAGUGUGAAGUUUGAAGAUGGCACAAGUACAAUCAAGGACCUUCAAAUGUUCUAUGGAAGUGUCGCCUCCACUGUUGUGGCUGCCAAACAAACCUGCCAGCGGCUCCUUGGGAGGUCAUGGGAUGACCAAAUGCUGGGCGACGCGUGCCGGUUGGUCCUGGAUGAGAUUUACAUCCCGCCAGCAGCUAAGGGGGGCAUGGUGGAAUACAAGCGGACCCUCAUCGUCAGCCUGCUCUUCAAAUUCUACCUGAAAGUGCGGCAAGGACUAAAUAAAAUGGAUCCUAAGAAGUUCCCCGAUAUUCCAGAAACAUACCUGAGCGCUCUAGAAGAUUUCCCCAUAGAAACUCCCCAAGGGAUUCAGAUGUUCCAGUGUGUGGAUCCCGCUCAACCCUUACAAGAUCCAGUUGGACACCCGAUCAUGCACCAGUCGGCCAUUAAACAUGCCACUGGAGAGGCUGUGUUUAUAGAUGACAUGCCCGCCGUGGACCAAGAACUCUAUCUUGCUGUGGUCACCAGCACCAGAGCUCAUGCCAAUAUCAUAUCAAUUGAUACUUCAGAAGCCCUGGCACUUCCAGGUGUGGUUGAUGUGAUAACAGCAGAAGAUGUUCCGGGAGAAAAUAACCAUAAAGGGGAGAUUUUCUAUGCAAAGAAUGAGGUAAUUUGCGUGGGUCAGAUCGUCUGCACUGUGGCUGCUGACACCUACGCUCACGCAAAAGCAGCAGCUAAAAAAGUGAGGAUUGCUUAUGAAGACAUAGAGCCAAGGAUUAUCACAAUCAAGCAAGCUCUGGAGCACAAUUCGUUCCUUUCUGUCGAGAGAAAAAUUGAGCAAGGCAACGUGGAGCAAGCCUUUAAACACGUUGACCAAAUCAUUGAAGGUGAGAUCCACGUGGAAGGACAGGAACACUUUUACAUGGAAACACAAACUGUCCUGGCUAUCCCAAAAGAGGAAGAUAAAGAAAUGGUGUUACACCUUGGGACACAGUUUCCAACCCACGUGCAGGAAUAUGUGGCCGCAGCCCUAAACGUCCCAAGGAGUAGAGUCGCCUGUCACAUGAAAAGAGCUGGAGGAGCAUUUGGGGGGAAAGUGACCAAGCCUGCCCUGCUAGGAGCUGUCAGUGCUGUGGCGGCCAACAAGACUGGCCGCCCAAUCCGAUUUAUCCUGGAGCGUGGUGAUGACAUGCUGAUAACUGCUGGCCGCCACCCACUCUUUGCAAAAUACAAAGUCGGAUUCAUGAACAAUGGUGUGAUCAAAGCUGCUGAUGUUGAGUAUUACAUCAACGGUGGUUGCACCCCUGAUGAGUCUGAGUUGGUGACGGAGUUCAUUGUGCUGAAAUCAGAAAAUGCAUAUGAUAUUCCCAACUUCCGGUGCAGAGGAAGACCUUGCAAAACUAACUUGCCAUCCAACACUGCCUUUCGGGGAUUUGGCUUCCCUCAGGCUACAGUGGUGGUCGAAUCUUACAUAACGGCCGUGGCGUCUCAAUGUAACUUACUCCCUGAAGAGGUUAAAGAAAUAAACAUGUAUAAGAAAAGCAGCAAAACAGCCUACAAUCAGAAAUUCAAUCCAGAGCCCUUGAGAAGAUGCUGGAAAGACUGUCUGGAGAAAUCUUCAUUCCACGCUAGAAAAAAGGCUGCAGAGGAAUUCAACAAAAAGAAUUACUGGAAGAAGAGGGGGCUGGCCGUCGUCCCUAUGAAGUUUACCAUUGGAGUCCCUAUAGCCUACUACAAUCAGGCAGCUGCCCUCGUCCACAUCUACAUGGAUGGCUCUGUCUUGCUGACUCACGGUGGCUGUGAACUGGGCCAAGGCCUGCACACCAAGAUGAUUCAGGUGGCCAGUCGAGAACUGAACAUACCCAAGUCGAAAAUCCACCUGUCGGAAACAAGCACUGUCACGGUGCCCAACGCGCUCUUCACGGCGGGGUCCAUGGGCGCAGAUGUCAAUGGGAGAGCUGUGCAGAAUGCCUGCCAAAUUCUAAUGUCUCGUCUCGAGCCCAUCAUUAAGAAAAACCCUGAAGGAAAAUGGGAGGACUGGGUUGCAAAAGCCUUUGCAGAAUCCAUCAGUCUCUCAGCUACUGGAUAUUACAAGGGCUACCAGACAAACAUGGACUGGGAGAAGGAGGAAGGAGAAGCGUAUCCGUAUUUUGUCUACGGAGCCUCCUGUGCCGAGGUUGAAGUCGACUGUCUGACGGGGGCUCACAAGCUCCUGCGGACUGACAUCUUCAUGGAUGCUGCUUUCAGCAUAAACCCGGCCGUGGACAUUGGGCAGGUUGAGGGUGCAUUCAUCCAAGGCAUGGGAUUCUAUACCAUAGAAGAACUGAAAUACUCCCCGGAAGGUGUGCUCUAUUCCCGGGGACCAGAUGACUACAAAAUCCCCACUGUCACUGAGAUUCCAGAAGAGUUCUAUAUCACUCUGGUGCAUUCCCGGAACCCCAUAGCCAUCUACUCCUCCAAGGGACUGGGUGAGGCCGGAAUGUUCUUAGGAUCUGCCGUGUUUUUCGCCAUAUAUGAUGCGGUAGCUGCUGCCCGCAGAGAAAGAGGGCUGACCAAGACCUUCACCCUGAGCAGCCCAGCCACUCCUGAACUCAUCCGAAUGACCUGUGUGGAUCAGUUUACCGACAUGAUUCCCAGAGAUGACCCUUCAACAUUCACACCUUGGUCCAUCCAUGUGUCUUAA